AUGCCCACGAACAUCCUCAUAGUGGGCGCUGGCGCAAUCGGCGCCUUCUAUGCCUCGCGCCUCGCCGUCGUCCCCGGGCUCUCCGUCUCAGUAAUCUGCCGCUCAAACUACAAAGCCGUAAAAGCACACGGCUUCAAGGUGACGUCCCCGCAAUACGGCGACUACACCUUCACUCCGGCCGCCACUUUCGCCAACCCGGACGAAGCACGCGCAAGCCAAACACACUGGGACUACAUCGUCGUCUCGACCAAAGCGCUGCCCGACGUCAGCGACGACUCUGAAAUCCUCGAAGGCCUGGUCAGCGCCAACACGGCAAUCGUCCUGAUCCAAAAUGGCCUGGGCGUCGAAGCGCCCUACGCAACGCGCUUCCCGCACGCCGUCAUCUGCUCCGCCGUCACAAUCGCCACCUGCGCGCAGCCGUCGCACGGACAUAUCAAGCACAACCGCUGGACUCGGAUCAACAGCGGCCCGUACCUGCCGCACCUGGACACGGGGGCGCCGCGAGCCAGCGACGCAACCGCCGUGGAUCGCAACAGCGCCUUCAUCGCCGCGCUGGUGCAGGGCGGCAUCAAGGACGCCAGCGCGUACACGUACGCGAAGCUGCAACUGGUGCGGUGGCACAAGAUCGCGAUUAACGCCUCGUUCAACCCGACGUCGGUGCUCACGCUGGGCAGCACGAACCAGGCGCUGACGAAUGACGCGGAGACGCAGCGGCACAUCAAGGGCGUGAUGGAGGAGAUUCUCGCGACGGCGCCGAAGCUGCUGGGCCAGCCGAUGCCGGCCGAGUUUGCGACGCCGGACGCCAUCAUACGCAGCACGCAGCGCAACACGAGCGGCAGCAAGCCCAGCAUGGCCAUGGACUGGGAGCAGGGGAAGCGCAUGGAGAUUGAGGUCAUUCUGGGGAAUCCGAUUCGGAUUGCGCGGGCGCGCGGGCUGGAAAUGCCGCGGCUGCAGACGCUGUACGCGCUGGUGCGCAUGGCGCAGGAGGUGCGGGAGAAGAGCGGGGCGAAGCUGUGA